CCACAAAGUGGCCUGAACACAGAGAUCAAUUAGCUUCUUUGAGGUGAGAUCAAAGCGUGGGGGCCCCAUGUCCAGGCAUGAAGGCCAAUUAAACCUGAGCAGAAGGAUGCUGUUCCCCAUGGACCACUCACCGCUGGACACAUGCCACGGGUUACUACACAAUAUACUAUAAAAGCGUCACAAAUCUGCAUACUUAUCAUUUAAUAUUUCACCUUCUUUUGGAGACUGGAAAUUCUCCUUCUUUACUUAUUGCAUGAAUCAUAGCGACGACGCGAGGCGAUAAAAGAGAGAAACCGAGUGUGGGUAGAGGAGUGAGGGAGCGUGAGAGUGAAGUCGGAAGAGGAAACAUCGAGUCUCAGUCCACAGACAGGUGCAGUGACCCUAUCCACCUCUGGAGGUGCCACUUGCGUUUUAUGGGACAUUUAUGGUAGGCCAGCGCUUUUUACCACGGCCACCUGGAUGCAAUAAGAGCGCAGCUCCUGAGUCUGCUUGUAGGAAACUCUCAGGGGCUCCCGCGGGAGGCAGGCCCUGUUAAGAUGUUUAUGAUUCAAAAAGUGGUCCAGGGGGAAAACACUGACAACUACAGAGAGGGAUUUUGUGGAGGGAGCUUGUUUUCUUGUUACUCCCAACACUCCCCCAGAGAGCUGUUUUCCCUCCUCUUUUCCUGAGUAAACCCAUGGGGCGCACAGGAUUGAUUUAAACGUUUUUUAAACUCUGCUUAAUUGCGUUCGGGGUGAUUUGAUGACCGCUCGGUUGGUUUUAGCCUUUGUUUCGUAUAUGCCAGUCGCAUUUGUUAGGUCUAGUUUAUUUCGUUCAGAAAAUCUGAAUGAACUACAAGAAAUGAAUCGGCUAGAUUCCACUAAAGGUUUGUAAAUGAAAGUGCAGUGACACAAGUCCCCCGUGUCCAGAUGGGCUGCUCUAAUAACUUCAUUAGGAUCGACAUACUUCCUGUUCAUUGAUAUAUAGGUCUGUGCUCAGACCCUGUAGCUUAAAUCAUACACUUUGUGGCAAAUACCUUAUUUUAGCGUAAUUUAUUUAAUGGUAUUAUUUAUUAUUUUGUUUUAAAAUACAUAAUUUUUAAUCUUAUUAUGCUUCGAAUUAUUAUUAUGCUCAAAUGAUAAUUAUUUUCAUAUUUAUCCCCAUCUAAACGAUAAGCAUUAUUCAUUUUUAAAGUUCUUAAAUUGAAAUGCUGUGGAAAAACCUUAUUAUAUUAUCUAAUGUUUUAUCAUAAUUUUAAAUAUUACUUAUAUAUAGUGUUAUUAUACAUUAUAUUAUAUGUAUAAUAUAUAGGUUAAUAUAUAGGAUUAUUCUCUGUUUCCUGAAGUGUUGAAUCUGUCAGACCUAGGCUAUUUAAAAUAGUCAAUUAGACACCUGGAAACUACAUAAGACUGAGAACUUCACAGCUCUAAUGCCGCAGGUCUGUUCUUUUCUAGGCUGUAACCCAUCUUCCAUGCUGACCUUUGAUGAGGGAGACCACAGCAAUAAAUCCUGCGCAGAAUCCACUCACACCUUCAUGUUUCAGCCCACUAACUACAUUUGACCAUUCAGGGGGUUCAAAACUGCAGGCUCUAAUAGCCAAGCGGAUGGACCAGUAAAUGAUGGCCAGGACACGGCUGCAAAUCUGAAGACUUUAAACCAAAGCUGCUUUUCUACCCUCGCGCUUCUUGACUUCAUCUAUACCGUGCUGGCCACGUAUUAAUAUUCAAAAUGAACUUAACGUUCACACAUCUGAUAACGGCCUCUUCAUCUCAGCAUUCGUUUCUGAUUCCUGUUGAAUUCGAGUAUAUUUACAUUUUGCUGUUCCAGUACAAAGCAGAGAUCGGCAGCUCCGCUCCAGGUCAUUAUUUAUCGGUGAUCUUAAACACACGGGGAAAGGAUCAGCGUUUGGACCGGUUUCAGUGCUCUGAAAGUCAUUUUUUGCUCUCGUGGGAUACAUGGAGACCCCCAGACGCUGCGCAGAUCUUCAUCUCCAGAUCCAGCCAGCUGAGGAACAUCUGGAGCAACCCACACUCAGACGCAGACAUGGAGAGCUGUGCUGCCUGGACGCGAGGGGGAGCACACUUCUAGUUUAGGCGCAAGAACGGCCCUCGGGUUCCAGUUUCACUACUAAGGAUGUUCAGUGAACCUCAAUCAAGGUCCCGAGUCAAUAGGACGGCGCUUUCUUGCCGGUAACAGCGGGGAUAUUUAAAGAUGUUGGACGGUAUAAAAAUCGAAGACCAUCCGCUGCGCUCGGGACAGGCUACGCUUGGAGUUAUGCUGGGGACGGAGUGCCAUCACCAGGCGGUGUGUGAGGGGUGCCAGCGGCCGAUAUCCGACCGCUUUCUGAUGCGCGUCAACGAGUCUUCAUGGCACGAGGAGUGUUUGCAAUGCGCCGUGUGUCAACAACCGCUCACCACCAGCUGCUACUUCCGGGAGAGGAAACUUUACUGCAAACACGACUACCAACAGUUAUUUGCGACCAAAUGCAGCGGCUGCCUGGAGAAAAUCGCCCCCACAGAGUUUGUGAUGCGGGCGCUCGAGUGCGUGUACCACCUUAACUGCUUCUGUUGCUGUGUAUGUGACCGACAGCUGAGGAAAGGGGAUGAGUUCGUCCUGAAGGACGGACAGCUGCUGUGCAAGAACGACUAUGAGAGGGAGAAAGACCUCCUGGGCUCUGUCAGCCCCGAUGACUCAGAUUCAGAGAAAAGCGAAGAUGAAGAGUUGGAUAUCAAGCCGGAAAAGGGUUCAGGAGGAACUGGGAAGGGAGAUGAUGGGAAAGACCCAAGAAGACCCAAACGACCGCGUACCAUCCUUACCACGCAGCAGAGACGUGCGUUCAAGGCAUCCUUUGAGGUUUCUUCCAAACCAUGCCGGAAGGUAAGAGAGACGCUGGCUGCAGAGACAGGCUUGAGUGUUCGCGUGGUUCAAGUGUGGUUCCAGAACCAAAGAGCUAAGAUGAAGAAGUUGGCGCGGAGACAGCAGCAGCAACAGGAGCAGCAGAACUCCCAAAGGCUGGGCCAAGAGGUGAUGUCCAAUCGAAUGGAGGGAAUGAUGAACUCCUAUACACCAUUGGCUCCCGCCCAACAACAGAUGGUUGCUAUGGAGAACGGUUACAGCACCGACCCUUUCCAGCAGGGCCUCACUCCUCCUCAAAUGCCCGGUGACCACAUGAACCCAUAUGGAAACGACUCGAUAUUCCACGACAUUGACAGUGACACUUCAUUGACCAGCCUUAGUGACUGCUUCAUGGCCUCGUCCGAGGCGGGCUCAAUGCAAGCGAGAGUCGGGAACCCCAUCGACCGGCUCUAUUCCAUGCAGAGCUCCUACUUUGCUUCAUGAAAACCUAAACAGACAAGAAAAGGCAAAAGUGGGUCACUUCGCUGCAGCUCACUAGUCAGACGCCGCCUAUCAAGGAAAUACAACAGAAUCGUCGACAAAGCUCAAAGACGAAACAUCUUAGAUAGACAAACAGGCAAAAACAGGAAAGACAAGUGAACUUGAAGACUUACGUCCUUAUUUCUCUGCAGUGAAGCUCCAGCUCUGGAUGCCCUGAGGCACCUGAGGCUGACUUUUUUUUUUUUUCUAGAUACUUGUAGAUUGUUUGUACAUGACUUUCUCAGAAGUAGCAUUUCAUCUUAUCCUCAUCGACUUAAAAGAGUACUGACUUGAAGCAUCAAGCCUCGACUUAUGAUUUCCUGCCGGGAGAGGCGGAAGAUCACGACUCAAAGCUCAUAAUGCAUGAAUCCAUAUCUUUGUGAUUGUUACGUUACAAAAAAGAAAAAAACCAAAAUGAAAAAAAAAAACUUGUGUUGUUCAGAUGUUAAAAAUGUGAUGUUCGGACUCAUAAUUUCUUCUUUUUCAUUAUGUUCAGCAUUGCAUUUUUAUCACUUUGAUAGGUUAGCCCUCUGAAAGACCAUGUAGAAAAGCUUAGAGGGGGAGAUAUGUAUAGUGUAUCUGCAUUCGUAAGUAUGUUAGUGUGUGUGAGUGUGUGUA